AUGGCUAUUCUAAUCGCGUCGACAUGUGACUUAAACGGGUCAUCAGGGCUAACGAAUCGUUCAGGAAGAGAUCGGCGAUGCGGGAAAAGAAACAAUCCGCCAUCUGGACCGCCGAUGAUCUUAUAAGGCAUCACGUUACAAGUGUGCGUUAUGAAACAAGAAGCGAACGCAUUGCGUACGUUAUAUUGCGUGAUCAGUAGCCCGUGGAAUCGUGCGCACACAGUUUUCAGUACAACGUGAAUUUUUUUCUGUACUCUUCGUAACGAAAGAACAACAACCCGAGGAAAGUAUGAUUAAAACGUGAGUGCUCAUCGAAAUUCUAAUUAUUUUCAAAUAUCGCGUGCAAUAUCGGACGAUAGAUCGUACGCAACGAUAUAUUGAAUGUAAGUCGUGCAAAUCGUGAUUAGAUCCUGGGAAUUGAUAAAGCUUUUGUUUAGUUGAACGUUAAAAUUUUCCAAACGCGAGAAAAAUGAGACUGCAACUGCGACGAGUGGGAAUCGCGUUUAGCUUGAUAAUGCUGUUAGCUGUGUUUGAAUUUUGCACAAGUAACAACGCUACCUGGGCCAGCAAUCGUGACAAGAAGAUGCGCAUAGUUAGGAAGUUAAGAAAGGACUUCCGAAAGUUAAAGAAGCAGGAGGGAGCAUUAAAGCUGACAGGAGGUGAAAACGGCGAACACGAAGGAAACGUGGAAAUACUUCACGACGGGAAGUGGGGCAGUAUAUGCGAUGACGAAUGGGACGACUUCGAGGCCAAUGUGGUUUGCAAGCAAUUAGGCUACAACGGUGCAAUUAAAGCAACGACAUAUGGCCACUUUGGUCAGGCUAGAAGAAGAUACUGGAUGGAUAACGUUUAUUGCGACGGAUCCGAGAUUGAACUCGCGAAAUGCCGUUUCGACGGAUGGGGCAUUUCCGAUUGCGGUAGUAACGAAGCUGCCGGCGUCAUUUGCUCGCACGACGAGGAAACGAGAGCAUCGCCACCAAUUUCGCAAGAAAAGCCAGUAAAGACCAGAAUAAAGGAUACAUAUCAGCAAGGCACGGCUCUACGAUUAUCCGGAGGACGCGUACAUUCCGAGGGUCGAGUGGAAAUUAAAUUAGGCAGUGCAGAUUGGGGUGUCAUCUGCGGCGACAGUUGGUCCAUUCUCGAAGCUGCCGUGGUUUGCCGUCAAUUAGGCCUCGGUUACGCCUCUGACGCAGUGCAGACUAAUUUCUUCGGCAAUGGGGAAAUCAUCCCGAUAUCAAUUACCGGGGUACAGUGCAAUGGGAACGAGGGAAAUCUGGCAGAGUGCCUACAUGACAAGGUUGCAGAUUGUCCAGGAUCAACGGAGAACAUAGCAGGGGUGGUGUGUCAUCGACAGAUGGCUGAUCUUGUGUUCGAUCACAUCGAACUGAUGCGGACGGCGCAUUUGGAAGACCGUCAGCUGUACUGGUUGCAAUGCGCAAUGGAGGAAAAUUGCGUGGCCUCGCAAGCCUACAAGAUGCAAGGCGAGUCUGAAAAUUGGCACCUGGAGACAAGACGAUUGUUACGCUUCACCGCAAGAAUCUUAAAUGCGGGUACCGCGGAUUUCCGUCCAUCUGUGCCUAAACAUUUAUGGGAAUGGCACAUGUGUCAUAUGCAUUAUCAUUCGAUGGAAGUAUUCGCCACUUUCGACGUAAUCGAUUCGAGCGGCAAUAAAGUUGCCGAAGGUCAUAAAGCGUCCUUCUGCCUCGAAGACAAUCAAUGUAUGCCCGAUGUUCAACCCAGAUACAAAUGCGCCAAUUACGGAGACCAAGGUAUUUCCGUUAAUUGCAGUGACAUUUACAAGCACAAUAUCGACUGCCAGUGGGUGGAUAUUUCCGAGCUCGAGCCAGGACAUUAUACGCUCAAGGUCGCGGUAAACCCCGAAUUUAAAGUUGGUGAGAUGUCGUUCGAUAACAACGCGGCGAUCUGCCGCCUUCUUUAUACAGAAACUUUUGCAACUGUCCAUAGUUGCGUAAUGGGACGUCCUUGACAUGCAAUGUGUACACGAUUGCAGAGAUUUUUCUAGCUGGGGACAAUUUACAGGGUGAGAGAUUCAUGUCAAGCGCGUUGGCGUUAACUGGACAUGACGAACAAGAGGCGAUACAUUGCGACCUUGCGAUAGAUUCGUGAAUAAAUUUCACAGUUCAAAAGUAGACUGUCAAUUGAAAAUAAGAUGCAUCGUGAAAUUUAAAAAAUGACAAUUUUUUUCUCUUGCGUCAAAAUGAAUGGAAACAGAAUAUUGCUGUUUUAAAAUUAUUACAC